AUCAGCUCUCAUAAAUGCAAGAUGAAAACUCAAAGCAAAUGCGUCCAAUUUAUCUCAUUGAUUUUGAUAGUUUUACUUGAACUGUCAGUAUCGGAUGCAUAUUCUUGCACACAAUGUAAAGUAGAGGAAUGUCCUCCAGUUGUACUAUCAGCUGAUUGUCAAUUGGUGCCUGGUGUCUUGUGUGACACAUGCUGCAAACAUUGCGCUAGAAAGCAUGGAUCAGAAUGUUCAUCACAGACUGUCAAAUGUGAACAUCCACUUGAUUGUGUGAACGAGAAAGGUCGAAUCAUAAACGAUAUACGCUGGUUCAUGUGGGGAUUCAAAGGUACCUGCAAAGACCUUAGGAGAGAGAGGAAACAAGUGGAUGAAUAUGGGCGAACAUGGGUUGCAUCCAUGGUGGAUGAAAAUGCUCUGAAAACAGCUCCUUCUUUCCCCGAGUACCACUACCCAGAGUAACCAUCUAAUAUUAUGUUAAAGGCCCCAUCUUAAGUUUAAACCACUAUUCUCCGACUUUGCAUGGGGCCUUUAAUCAUCAUGCAUAUAUAACACAUAUAAAAUGCAAAUGUGUUUAAUAUCACUCAUUAGUCGAAUUUUAUUGUAGAAUCUUGAAAAAUGUUCAAUCAAUAAAACAA